AUGGGCUUUCCUCACAGCGGCCGUGCCCGCAGGACCAUGGGAGUGAGGCAGCUGCUGCUCGGGCUGAUGUGGCUCCGCUCCGCUCUGCCCUGUGCAGCAGGCUGCAGUGAGAAGGCGGAGGUCCACACGGAGCGGAGGGGUGUGAUCUACAGCCCCUCGUGGCCUUUAAACUACCCGGCUGGAGUCAACUGCAGCUGGCAUAUCCAGGGAGGUCAGGGAGAGGUCAUCACCAUCAGUUUCCGUAACUUUGACUUGGCGGAGUCUGGAAACUGUUCUGGAGACUGGCUCAUGCUGACUCCCAUGUGGCAUGGGGAAUCCCGGCUGUGCGGCGCCAUGCUGCCUCCACCCGUCAUUUCCACCAGGGGGCGUGUGUGGCUUUACUUCCACUCUCAGGCCAACGGCUCUGGGCAAGCUCAGGGCUUCCGUCUCUCUUACAUCCGAGGUCACCUGGGUCAGAGCAGCUGUCAGCCCGAUGAAUUCCUCUGUGGGAACGGGAAGUGUCUUCCUCACUCCUGGAAGUGCAACGGUCAGGAUGAAUGCGGCGAUGCCAGCGAUGAACGCAGCUGCUCCCCCCCCCCCACUGAAGCCCAGCCUGGCCUCUGCCCCUUUGGCUCCCUGCCGUGCACCCAGGUCCAGUCCACCCGCUGUCUGCCGGCCGCCCUGCGCUGCAACGGAGCCCGGGACUGCCCUGACGGAACCGAUGAGCUCGGCUGUCCCGACACCACCUGUGGGAAACGUCUGGGGAACUUCUACGGCUCCUUUGCCUCCCCUGAUUUUUUCCGGCCCAAUCGCAGCGCCGUGUCCGAGCUGAGAUGCUCCUGGCUGCUGGACACCCAGGACCCCAAACCCAUCGUGCUGCAGCUGGACCUGCAGCUCGGGCCCAGAGAUUCACUGCACGUCUACGACGGCCUGCUGCAUCAGGCCGAGCAUCUGUUGCAGGUGUUGUCGUAUCAUAACAACAGGCGCCUGGCUCUGCUGGAGUCCAGCCGGGGUCAGAUGAGUGUCCUGUACACGGCCCAGCCUCGCAGCCCUGGACACGGCUUCAACGCCACAUACCAGGUCAAAGGUUACUGUUUCCCCGGCGAGCAUCCCUGCGGCAGCGACCAGGGCUGCUACUCUGAACGCCAGCGCUGCGAUGGCUACUGGCACUGCCCGUCCGGCCGCGACGAGGAGGCCUGCCCGAUGUGCCCAGAUGGGGAGUUUCCCUGUGAGGGCGGCACUGGAGUGUGCUACCCGGCCUCGGAGCGCUGCAACAACCAGAAGAGGUGUCCCGACGGGUCGGAUGAGAAGAACUGCUACGACUGCCAACCCGGGAACUUCCACUGUGGGACCAACCUGUGUAUCUUUGAGACGUGGCGGUGUGACGGCCAGGAGGACUGCUUGGACGGGAGCGACGAGAGGGACUGCCUGGCUGCGGUCCCCAGGAAGGUCAUCACUGCCGCUCUGAUCGGGAGCCUGGUGUGUAGCCUGCUGCUGGUCAUUGCCCUCGGCUGUGCCCUCAAACUCCACUCACUCAGGAGCAGAGAGUACAGAGCUUUUGAGACCCAGAUGACUCGCAUGGAGGCAGAGUUUGUUCAGAGAGAGGCCCCUCCCUCUUAUGGUCAGCUGAUUGCCCAGGGUCUCAUCCCUCCUGUGGAGGAUUUCCCAGUAUAUAACCCCACCCAGGCCUCCAUCUUACAGAACCUGCGUUUGGCGAUGCGCAGACAGAUCAGACGUCAUUCAUCACGGCGCUCCACUUCCUCCUCCUCCUCCUCAUCCUCUUCCUCUCGAAGACGAUUCGGGCAUCUGUGGAGUCGUCUGUUUCACAGUGGAGGAAGAUCCAGAGGCCAGGCCCUACUGCUCGAUCCCCCUGGUCCCACACAAAUCAUACUGGGGCUCCACAGCUACAGAACUGUGGUGGAGCAGGGGCCUCAGGGCAGGGACCAGCUGGGGGAUGAGGUUGAUGUGGUGGGUAUGUCAGGCUCCACCUACUCCGCCACCAUGGAACUGCAGCCCUGCUCACCAGAGAGCCCUGCCUCACCUCUCUCCUCGCAGUCAGCGGACAGUCCAGAGGACGAGGAGCCAUCAUCUGUCAGUGGGGAAGGAGCCAUGACUCCACAUUGUGACUCUUCAGCCGCCAGCAGACAUCAUCCCUCCCCACAGGAAGCCUCGGUGCCCCUGUGCCACCCCAGGGCUUCUAGGAAACUUGUUCUGGAGCUCGCAGUUAACUUGAAAGGAGUUUCCUUGAGACGUUACUCCCCUCUAGGGCCUUUGUCCCCCAUCUCCCCCCCUGUGUUUCCCAGCAGCUCCCAGACACCAACAUCCCAGUCCCACCCACUGGGUCCAGGUGUGACUUCACCCACUGGGCCCUUGUCCUCUUAUGUGAAAGCAGAGGACAGUGACAGCCACUUUAGAGUGGAAGUAUCUAUCGGGGACAGACGAAGCAGGGAUGACAGGAGAGAGGGCAAGAGCGGCGUCUGCAGGUUCAGCAGGACCCUUAGUGAUGAGGAAGGAGACUCAGGGAGGAAGACUACGCCAUCUUGA